AGUACACGACCCAUGAACCACGUUUUCAUUACCGAAUUUAGGGUUCAUUUAUCUUAUAUAUAAAUAUUAUUCAUAUUUUAUUUAUUGAAGUUGAAGUACAAACAAAAAAACUUUCAAAUAAUAGAAGGUUAAUUUUCUUUAUCCAUAUUACACUGGUCGUUCAAAUUUAAUAUUUGAGAAUUCCAAUUGGAAGUUCAGUUUCGUAAUAAUAUUGACAACAGCUGGAUUCAAAUCUUGUUUCACUUUCAAUAUAAAUUAUUUUGCCACACCAAGACAGCGGAAUAAUACAGAAGUAAAUCACGAUUCCGAUGUCUUAUUUCGAAUCGACAGAAAAUUUAUUUAGUUACUUAUCUCGUUGUUGGCUACGUCAUCACAAACAAAUCUCAGUCUCGGUGACAAGCGUACAUACAAAUAGUUAUAUCAAGCAUACCAGCGUUAUCAUUGUAAAAGAUUGUACAAAUGAGAUCAGUUUAUCAGACGGUCGCGUAUUUGAUAGACAAAAGACCGGGUUCUGAGGAAGUCCGAGGUCGCUGGGAGCCCUACCAGAGGUUUGAUUGUUGUUGCCAGCAUUCAACGCGCCGACGCCACCUCGAGUGAACGUCGGAAAGGAAACGGCUCACGUAACUAUCGUUCGACUGAAUAGCGUGCGCGUAGUCGAUCGUGACGUGCAAUGCCCAGGGCCCCGCUUGCCCCUCUACCCCUCGCAGGGCUAUGGAGACCCUCCUCGAUAAAUUCAAGAGGGACCAAGGAGGAUUACGGAGGUCCAGAUCCGUCCGCGCUUCCCUACGACUGAUAGGUAACCGUUGGCGAUCAACCAAGGACGAAGAAACGUCUGAGAACAUUGACACCAUCAAAGACGGAAACGUAGUACUGACGCAGAUCUUUAACGGUGAUAAAGAUUACAACGUAGCGUACACGGGCAUUGACGGUACUUACAAAGCAAAGACACCGAACAUGGCCAAGAGGAAGCAGGAGCCGGUGAAGCCGAGGAAGAAGAGCGGAGACAUCGAUCUCACACUGAAGCCACAGCGGCAUAGGAAAGUAGAUAAAGCGAAAAUAAGUGAUUUAUUCAAUAAGAAACAGAAGAGUGUGUCCGCGAAAGAAUUGCUCGUGCCGGAGAAGAUACCACCGAAAGCGGCGGCCAUAUUACACAUAAAUUCACCGGAUACCAAACUUAAGAUUAAAUUAAAAUCGGUCGGCAAAUCGGAGAGUGCUAAAUCGGUGACCGAUAUAAAACAUCGUCGCACGCGCAGGGGCUCCGAGAGCGAUAUGUGUGGGAGCCAGCCACGUGGGUUUGUCAACCAAGCCUUCGUAUACAGCACACCGCCAAAGGAACGCAAGCUAAACCUAUCACCAUCAAGCUAUUUGAAGCUCCAAUACGGCGCGCUGCUCGAGGGGUGCGGGGGGGAGCUGCCGUCGCUGAGCGCCUGCGCCCCGCUCCCCUCGCACCCGGACAAGCGUAAGCAGAGGGAUGCGCGUGCGCACAACGAUAGAAUAACACAAGUUAACAUACACCUUCAUGCUCUCUUCGCUGCCGUUGAACAUGGCUACCUCGAUAAGGCGAGAAACAUCCUGGAGUCUACUGAUGUCGAUGUUAACAGCCUCAACCCAGACGGCCUGUCUCCGCUGGACGUGGCGGUGUUGGCCAACAACCGCCAUCUGGUUAGAAUGCUCAUGGAGUUUGGAGCCAAGGAAGGCAGUCAAUUCAAGAGCCCAGAAGCCCUCGGGAACCACCUCCGCAGACUGUCUCGCGAGGCGGAAGCCAGACUCCACGAGGUCACGGGGUACAUACCUGAGGCUUGUAGAGAGGAAAUGUGCAGAUCAUCGGGUGGCAACCAGGCCGGUACGAUGGGUUGCGCUGGAGGUACCGGCUCGGAGAAGGACAAACAAACACAACACUGGGAGAGGCGGCUUAGAACAUUGAAACGAUUGGUGCAAGGUUGGCAACAAGCUCGUGUCCCUCCAGCCUUGCCCUCACCCUCGUUGGAGGUCUGCGGACCGCACUCCGUCACCGUGUGGCUAGCGACACGGACCCAGGCACGCGACCCGCCUCUCGUUACCAAAUACAAAGUGGAGUGGUCGUCUCGUGCGGAUUUCUCCAAUGUGUGCGGAAGUCGCGAGGUGGUGGCGUCUUGUGCUCGCGUGUCCGUGACGGGUCUGACCCGCGGCAGGCGGUACUUCUUCAGGGCAGCAGCCGGGAACGUGAAGGGCUGGGGCACUUACAGUGUGUCAGUACCUAGGAGCGUUGUACCCAGCAGCUGGAGUGAUAUAUCAGUUCGUUCGUCUCGCGGGGAGGCUGGUGGCGCUGCGGCAGCGCUGGAAGCGCUCGCUGCGGCCACCGCAAGCACUCGAACCAGAACAGUCACAAGACUUCCUAGGAAGAAGACGGCCACUAUACGACAACUGUUCACAGCGGCCAGCAAGUUCCAGAAGAACUUGAGGAGAGGCGUGUACUUAACUUGCAUCAUCUACCACGAGGACCGCGUCUUGGUCACCGGCGAGGAGUUCCUUCCGGUCGUUGAAGUGGAUGAAACAUACCCGGCCUGCAUCUACACGGACUUCCACUGGCUAAUGAAGGUGUCCUGUUCCUGGGAAGAAGUGAAGUCUCUGAGAUCUGAUAUGGAGAAACACACGUCGUCGUCAAUACACUUCAGACUGAAACUCCUCACAGCCGUCGCUCAGAUGCAAUCCGCGCUGGGGAUACAAGACCUUGGCCAACUCUACCACAAACCGUUACGAGAUUCUCACGGCACUGUCGUCCUCUCCUGUAUAACCUCCGUGAAGUCACCCAAGGCCGUGUCGGCUUUGAACUCCCGCUGGCUGCCCGUCAACAAGCUGAGGCGACGCGUCCUCAGCGACGACAACACUAUGGGAGAACUGCUCAUGGCAUCAGUUCACGAACAGAUUGCCUACCAUCAGGUGUCACGUGACCUGCUACCACGUGGUCUGUAUCUCGGGUAUUUGAAGUUGCAAUCGUCGGUGGAGGUGGUCCGCAUAGUGGCGCCAUCUCGCACACCGAAUGUACCACCACACACACGAGUUAGAGAUAAUCCUCAUGUUUCCGCUGAGGAAUGGGAGUACCUCAAGUCACAAUCCGGCCGUUCGUCGGACGAGUCGCCAUCGAUCAAUAAUUUCGUUUCCAUCAGCAGCAACGAAAGACCUUCAGAAUCUCAAGAGAUGUUCCUGGAACAGAUCGCAACGGCUUCCAAGAGGCUCUUCAAAGACAUGGAAAUACCUGACGAUAGUAUCGCUGCCCACCGAAUAUAUGACCUGGAGGUCAUAGAACUGAACAGUGACGUUAGCUUCAUCAUGAUAUGCCCGCCCGCGGAACAAGCCUGCUCUGUACCAGGACAGAAGGAAAUCCUUCUCCAGAAGGGUGACCUCCUCAGUCUGCCGAUACAGGCCUUCGAAAUGAUACACCUGCAGACCUACCAUACAAAUAUAUUGAACAAAUACUCCAAGUUAAGCUGUGUUUUAGAAUUAGAUGUGGCAUUGGCCGCGCACUCGCAACGAGAAGCUUUCUCAUGUAUGGAAUUACAGACUGCCAAGGAGAGACUCACAAAGCUGGAGGAUCUCCAAAACAAUCUUAACUUAGUUUGGAAGGCAGAGCGGUGGUUGAUGGACUUGAUCGGAUUCGCGAGAGACAAAGACAAGGCCGGUCCGAGUUCUGGCAUUUUGCUCAAAUACAUUUUAGAUAAGACGCCGUCCAGAAACGAUGAAGUCGACAGUAACGAGAGAGACGCGAAUUUGAAGAUAGAUCUGCUUCAGUUACCGCCGCGGGAUGCAAAAAUAAACAAGACGUCGCCCGGGAGGGGUUCCUGGCCGGGGCCCGCCGGCAACGGAAAUCACACGAGCUUACAUCCGGAAUUCAGCAAGUCAGAACAACAACUCAGUAUAGCACCACGACAAACAUCCGUCUCGACGUUAAAUCUCAGCGGAUCACAGUACCUGCACGAGGCUAAAUACGCAAGGAAGGGCAGCGCCGACUCACAAAUCACCGAAUCCAGUGCAAUGAGCGCCAUUAGUAACAACUACAUGGGCAGCAACUCCCAGUUCGAUAUCAAAUCUAACGGAUCCCACGCUUCGAUAUCCAGCAACCGUCUGCCGCCAUCGCGCAGCGAAGACACGCUGGUGCUGCAAAACGAGAACAUAGAACCCAAGCCAAGGCCGCACAGCAUCAACACGAGUGUCUCAACCAGCUCCAGUCCGCUACUGACAGUGAAAGGCUUCUAUCCCGGGAGCAUGAUCAGUGUGAAAACAAACAAGACGAACGUGUCGGAGUCCGCUCAGAGUCUGUCCAGCGAUUCAGAAAGUCAAAGCUGUCCGCUCACAACGACAGUUCCUCUAAAAAUCCGUCCGCAACUCACGCACGCAAACGUGACAGCUUCAAAAAGUAUGACCAACGUGAAGUCGACGGACGUCGAAUUCACUGACACGGGGCAGGGGAGUAAGGGUCACAGUGUCAAAAGACAGCCACUGUUGGAGACACAGGAAGAAGAAUAUAAUAAUAAGGUCCAGAAGACUGACCAGAGACACGGUGACGAUGACAGGAAACUACCUCCAGAACAACGAAUUGAUCAAGCUGGAAUUUUACAGGUGUUCGCAGCCUACGAGACGGGCUUGGCUGUGGGUACAUCACUCAAGUUGCACGUCACUCCACGAACAUCAGCACGAGAGGUCAUUGACCUCGUCGUUAAACAACUCAACAUGGCCGCCGUUUUAAAAGGAAAAUCCGGACCUGUCUACGGUCCGGAAAAGCUUCAAGAUUUUUGCCUCGUAGCAGUUAUAGGAGCCAGAGAGAGAUGUCUACGAGACGACUUCAGACCUCUACAAUUGCAGAACCCUUGGAGGAAAGGAAGAUUAUACGUCAGAUUGAAACACGACGUGCUGGCUGCAUUACAACAUUCAGCCAAACAGCCCGCUUAUAUAUAAUCUAGAACAAUUCAUAACCAGAGAUUAAUAUAGAUAAUAAAAGAUUUAUUUUUUUUAUUUUAUCACAAAGUUUUUAUCUCAGAGUAAUAGAGUGAUAGAUGCUGAUGAUAUAAUUUUAUUUUCGGUGCCAAUAAUUAUUUCGAUGCUUUAAAUAAUUAAGUAUUAUUAAGUGAAAAUUGUGAAUAAACAUAGGGAAUGUAUAACAGAAUGAAUGGUGCUUAACAAUGAGUACUUUAUUUUAUUAUUUUUUUGAUUUUUAAAUGUCAUCGUCCGAAGUAUGUUUUCGCUUCACGUGAAAUUUUAAUUAGCUGUAAUAAAACUGUAAAUAAAUUUAACAUUUAUUAAAUGUUGUACGUGUCUAGAUAGUUCAUUAUAAACGUGGUUCUAUUUGAAAUUAGAAGAUUGUGGUAGGGAAUACGAAAACUUAGGAUGUAUUCAAAUGGAUUUUAUUUUCGGGUAGCUAUCAUUUUGUAACAAGAUAUUGGUAUUUUUUAUAUAGGAAAUAUAAUUUAUAUUUAAAAAAAAAACUCAAUUAGAUUAGCGAAUAAAUACUUAUAAUUCUAUUGAUUUUCAAUAAAAAAAAAAUUAUACAAGCGUACGGACGGUUUAAUGAAAUACGUAUAUGACAUUUAUAGUAUUAAAGAAUUUUUUUUUAAAUAUUAUCUACAUUAUUUUGUAUUGUGUUGACACCUUGAAAAAUAUAAAUCAAACCAUUAUAACAAAAAUUAAUGUCCUACAUAUUAAAGAUAAGUAUUAUAUUUAUAAAACAUGUUCACUAAUAUCAACGAUUCGAGCCAUACUUAUGAAAUGCAAUUAUUGUUACAAUAAAGCCUAACUAAAUGUCUUAUGAUGUCUAAAGAUGUUUUAUUUGUAGACUAUUUUAAUAGUUUAGAUAUUUCACCCUCGCUCGUGGUGUUGUACAUUAGCAAUUAGAUCAUGGAAAUAUAAAUUUAUGCACAAAAUAAAUGUAUUACAGAUC